AUGUCCCGACCAAACUACCCUGAUAUCGCCAACAAGCCCGCCGAGGGCAUCUCCUACUUUACCCCAGCUCAGAUCCCCCCCCGCCGGAUCCGCGGCGAUCCCCCACUCUCCCCGCUCUGUCAAUACAGCGCCGAUGAUGGACACAUGACCGACUGGCAUAUGGCACAUCUGGGUGGAAUCGCCCAGCGCGGCCCCGGCUUCCUGAUGGUCGAGGCCACAGCCGUUCAAGCCAAUGGUCGUAUCACCCCUCAAGACCACGGCCUUUGGAAGGACUCCCAGAUCGAGCCCCUCCGUCGUGUGGUGGAGUUCGUCCACAGCCAGAACCAGGUAAUUGGCGUGCAGUUGGGACACGCCGGUCGCAAAGCGAGCACCGUAGCACCGUGGCUCAGCAUGGCAGACACAGCCACCGAGGCGGUCGGCGGAUGGCCCGAGAACGUCAAGGGACCCAGCGACAUUCCUUUCCACGACAAAUUCCCUACCCCGAAAGCUCUGACAGCGGCCGAGAUCGAGCAGUUCAAGAAUGAUUGGGUUUCAGCGGUGAAGCGGGCCGUCACGGCCGGCGUGGACUUUGUGGAAAUCCACAAUGCGCAUGGAUACAUGCUGAUGAGCUUCUUAUCUCCAGCGUCGAAUAAGCGCACCGAUGAAUAUGGCGGCAGCUUCGAGAACCGCACCCGGCUUACUAUGGAGGUUGCGAAAUUGACGCGUGAGAAUGUGCCCGCAGAUAUGCCCGUCUUCCUGCGGGUUUCUGCGACCGAUUGGCUGGAGGAGGAUAUGCCCAACGAACCCAGCUGGCGGGUUGAGGAUACGGUGCGUCUUGCCAAGGCGCUGGCGGAUAGUGGCACGAUCGAUGUGCUGGACAUCAGCAGUGGAGGAAACCACCGCGCACAGCAUAUCCAUGCCAAGCCUGCAUUCCAGGCCCCAUUCGCUAUCGAGGUGAAGAAGGCCGUUGGGGAUAAGAUCCAUGUGGGCUCGGUCGGCAUGAUUGACUCGGCUCAUUUAGCCAACUGUCUGCUUGAGAACAAUGGGCUGGACUUUGUUCUGGUCGGUCGCGGGUUCCAGAAGAACCCCGGACUGGUGUGGACCUGGGCUGAGGAGUUGGAUGUUGAGAUCGCCAUGGCAAAUCAGAUUCGCUGGGGUUUCUCGAGUCGUGGUGGGGGGGGUUUACUUGAAGAAGCGACAGGGGAAGAUGUAGAAUUGACCUCUGAUGAUGAGAUGAGAUGA